GGUCUAAAGCAUGUCAGCUGUGAAUGACCGUGAACUAAAUUGUCGACACGUCGUUAGAGUAGAGAAAAAGUGUGACUUCAACAACAUAAUGCUCGCGAUAGCUUCGCGGAAAUGUCUACGAGCCUGCCGGUGAAUAACCUAGAAGAGUGCAAGCGACGCUUUCUAGAGCACCCCGCCAAGUCGUACUCAGUCGCCGCCGACGGAAAGUCUUCGACGACCGCCGUAAAAAGUUCUGGAUUCGAGUUCUACGAUCUCCGAAAGUUAGUAGAACUCGUGGGCGAGUGCGUGACGCCGUACGAGAACCCGUCGUCGCGUACCGGUGCCGUCAAGGCGAGUGCUCCGCGCGAACGACCGCAGGCUUCGAGUGGCGCGAACCACGAUGAGGUUCGACGAGACGAAGACCUCGGUGGCGAUGCUGGGUUACCGCACGAAUUCAAGCCUCCGCUACGCGCUGCUGCCGCUAGGAAGACCGCUACGGUACAGUCGCCCCGUCGGCAGCGAGUUAACGGCGCCUUCAAGUCUCCGAGAAAAGUGUCCGGCGGCGCGCCGCAGUCUGAGGUACAGCAGGUUUCGGAGACGCAGUUCCCGCCGAACAGUCCCGAGUUUGACUGGCCCGACGUCGACGAGCCUGAGUACAUUCACAUUCCGUCCCAGUCGACACCCCCCAAAAAGCAGCAGUCGGAGAACGGCGGCUUCUGGAACGGCGGCGCCUGGGCCGAGGACGAUGACGUGUUCAUUGCCCCAGAGUCGCGACGUUCCUCGUCUUCCCUGAAGAAACCGUCCCCGAGAAAAGCGCGACCCUCGAGUUCUGCCGCGACGUGCCUUCUUUCGCCCAGCGGCAGGCUCGAUGCCGCCGAGGUGCAGGAGAUCGAAGGAAGCGCCCUGUUGUCGAGCGAGCGCAACUUCGUGAGGGGUUCGGCCGACUCCCGGGCCGCGGCGGCGCUUUUGCGGGACUACGACCACAGACUGUCGUCGCACAUCUGCUCGCUGCUCGACGAGAAGCGACAGCUUUCGGGCGACGUCCUGUCGCUCCUAGAUUUGCGCCGUAAGGUGUUCCGCCAGUUCCGAAGGGCUUCCGCAUCUAGCGGUGGCCCUUCACCCUCAAAGGCCAAAAGAAACUCGUCCGCAGCAGGGGCGACUUCGUUCUCUAGCAGAGGUUCUCUAGGGAGUCGUCUGGAGAGGACUACGCCUGGUGGCGAGGUGUCGUUCCCGACUACCUCCGCGGGCUUCGGAAACUUCAGCGAACCCUCCUCGAGGCCCUCAAACUCCUUCGGCAGCGCGUUUUCGGACAGCCCGUCUUGCGAGGUUUCGCUGUCUCACAGACUGAAACGGCUUGGCGACGAGACCCUCAACAAACCGCCGCCGACUUCCUGCAUCAGUCCGGACCUCAAUAAUGUGCGUUCGACUAAUUCCUUGAUCGGUAGUGCGUCGCACUCUCCCUACUUCGGCUCAAAACCCUCAGCGAGCAAGCCGACUGCAAUCAGUGACACCGAGUUUAUUCAGGACGUUGACACGGAGGACAUUAAUGCAGACUUCAGUAUCGUUGAAGCCGAAACGCAGGCCCAGAAGGAUUGUGGUAACAACUCUGGGUCGACAGGACGGUUUAUUGGCCAGUAUCGCAAUGACGGCGCAUCGACCAAGUUUAAGGGCUUCGGGUUUCCGCACUCUGCCGAGCUGAGGGCGAAGUUUGCCUCAGUGUUUGGCUUGAAGCAGUUCCGCCUGAACCAGCUGGAAGCCAUCAACGCAGCUCUGUUGGGAGAGGACUGCUUCGUGUUGAUGCCGACGGGUGGUGGAAAAUCUCUCUGCUAUCAGCUGCCCGCUGUCAUGAGUGAUGGCGUGACCAUCGUCAUAUCCCCGCUGAAGUCUCUCAUUCAAGAUCAGGUCCAGAAACUGACAUCACUCGACGUGCCAGCUAACCACCUGUCUGGCGAGAGCGACAACGCCAGCGUGUACGCUGACCUGAGGUCACCACGGCCACAGCUGCGGCUGCUUUACGUGACGCCCGAGAAGGUCAGUGCCAGCACCCGGCUACUCGAAGUGUUGCAGCGAUUGCACACCAACGGGCACCUCACGCGUUUCGUCAUCGACGAGGCACACUGCGUGAGCCAGUGGGGCCACGACUUCCGGCCCGACUACAAGCGACUGAGCGUGUUGCGCGAGAAGUUUCCAGGCGUCCCCAUGGUGGCACUGACUGCGACAGCGACACCACGGGUGCGCACGGACAUUCUUCACCAGCUGGGGAUGCGGGACCCCAAGUGGUUCUUGCAAAGCUUCAACCGGCCAAACCUGUGCUACGAGGUCAGCCUCAAGACAGGCAAGUCGGUGGUCCACGACAUCGUCGAGGUCAUCAAGAAAAAGUUCAAGCGGCAGAGCGGCAUCGUCUACUGCUUUUCGAGGAAGGAGUGCGACCAGCUCGCGGACGACCUCAGCAAGGAAGGUAUCGCAUCCGUGUCUUAUCACGCAGGGCUCACCGACAGUCGACGGAGUGUUGUCCAGCGUCAGUGGAUCGAUGACAAGGUCCAGGUGGUGUGUGCGACCAUCGCCUUCGGUAUGGGAGUGGACAAACCGGACGUCCGCUUUGUCAUUCACCACACGCUGCCCAAGUCUAUUGAGGGCUACUACCAGGAGUCAGGCCGUGCGGGGCGUGACGGCCAGCGUGCCUCCUGCAUCCUCUUCUACAACUACCAUGACAUGCACCGUAUCCGCUCCAUGAUCGACAAGGACUCCAUGGCCAACGCGGCGGCCAAGCAGACGCACAUCGCCAACUUGUGGCACAUGGUCAACUUCUGCGAGAACCGAACUGACUGCCGCAGGGCGCAGGUUUUGCAUUAUUUCGGCGAGAAUUUCGACCGCCAGUUCUGCAAACAGAACCGACGCUUUGCUUGUGACAACUGCCUGGCAGAGACGCGCUGGGUCAUGAUGGAUGUCACUGAUGAUGCGCGAGAAGUGGCCCGAUGCGUGCAGGACCUGAAUGCCAAACGUGUCAACAUCACAGUGAAUCAGCUCGUGGACAUCUUCAAAGGGGCGAUGAACAAGAAGAUGAAAGAGCAGAAGUUGGACGCUCUGCCACUCCACGGCCGUGGAAAGGCCUACCAGCGUAACGAUGCCAACCGGUUGGUUCGACGACUGGUCCUCGACGGCUACCUCAAGGAGGAGAUCACCAUGAACUACCUCGAGAUGGCCAUGUCCUACCUGAGACCCGGUGGCAAGCUUUCCCAACUUCUGUCCGGCCCGGCGCGCAUAACUCUCUCCAUCGAGAAGAAGUCGCGGCCCUCGGAGUCGGCCGUGCGUGUCGAGGAAUCCGCGGCGGAGCCGAGCCGCGCCAACCCGGAGAUCACGAAGCUCACCGAGGCGUGCCACCUGGAGCUGGUGUCCAUCGUGAAGGCACUGGCGCUGGCCAAGAACACUCACUACAGCAACGUGAUUCACAUCGACGCGCUGCGCGGAAUUGCCGAAAACCUGCCGACGACGGCGGAGGCCAUGUUGCAGGUUCCGCACAUGACCAAGGCUCUGGUUGACAAAUACGGUGCCCAGCUGCUUGAGGUCACUGAGCGCUAUGCAGCCGAGAAGAUGGUCAUCGAGGCGGAGAUGGCCGACGCCGCUGCUAACGAAGCCCAGGACGACUUCCAGAAUCCACAGCCACCGCCGGACUUUGCCACGACCAGUGCCUCGCCCGGCAAAACGCGCAAGCGCAAAACGUGGUCUAGUGGCGGUUCGCCAGGAAAGCGCCGUCGCACCUUCUACAAGAAAAAGGCUGGGUUCGGUGCCAAGUCGCAGAACAAGGUUGGCCUGAAGCGAAAGACGGCUGGAAAGAAGGCUGCUGGAAAGUCGAAUGCCAAGACGGGAGGGAGGUCGGCUGCGAGUUCGUCUUUCGGAGGCUCGUUGAGCGGGUUUGGUGCACUCGCCAUGCCGAAGCCGGCUUCAUCGAUCGCAAAAAGCCGUUCGUUUCUCACUAAGCCACGUGUCGUAGAGAUAUGAGUGCCCUUGGUCGCCACCAUGUGAAACUGUCGGUGGAACACUAUGGGGCCAAGCAAAAGUGCCUCAACAGUGUGUGUUUGUAAAUAUGGUGUCUUGCUGUUUAUAUAGCCACAAUUAUUGCCCAAAUGUUUUUACCAGUGUGUUUUUGUUUUGUCAUACGAGGAUAGUUGCUGCGGUGUAGAUAUAAGUGCACUGAAGGACAGGAUUAAAUAAACUGCUCGUACAAUAGCAA